GUGCCCACCACCAUCGCCCAGUUCCUUGACAACUACUCGAAAGGCGACAGCUCCCUCCUGGACGCGCCGUGCCCAAAAUGCUUGAAGCCGUACGGCUUUUUGGCGCCGCCCGACUGCUACCGCGAGAGACUGCGCAACCCGGCCGUGGAACAGUACUCCCGGCUCGAGCAUUGGCAGAACAGGGCCAUUUUCCAGCGGGUCACGGCGCAGGUGCGCGAGGCCGUCGGCGCGUUUGGCGUCAGCGUGCUGUUGGUCCACAAAAAGACCGUCUACGUCAAGUACGAGACCAAGUUGGAGUUCAAAGAGCUCCCGCGGGUGGUGCUGCUUGACGCGCACGCCAUCCUCUCCAAGGGCGGGAUAGUGUUCCGCGACACGGCCAAGGACUGGCGCACGAGCCAGAACCCCCUAGUCACAGGCCCCCCAGGCAUCCGCUUCUACGCAGGCGUCAGCUUGGUCACGGGCGCCGGCGUGGCGAUCGGCGCCCUUGCCAUUUUCGACACGUUGCCCAACGCGGCGUUUUCGUCCGCCAAGCUCAAGCUGCUCGGCAAAGUCGCGGCCCUGUUGAUGGCGCUCUUGGACACGCCGCCCGAGAACAUCGUGGUGUGCGACGAGAAGUUCUUGUCCGAAAACCCCAACGCCGGCGACCUCGAGUUGGCCGAGUUGUCGUCCAGAUUGGGCAGGGCCACGUGCAGCGGCGGCCACAUGACCAUUUUCGAGCGGGACGGCUCCGGCAGCUGCUACUCGCACAGCCACAUCUUCAAGUUGCCCCACUACGAGGAGCACAAGCAGAUCAGCGACAGCAUGAUGCCGGAAGGCCAGAAGCUCGAGAUCCGCCAGGCGUUGCGCCGCGUCAAGACGCUCAAAAGCGCGUGCAGGCUCAUUGUCAAGUCCAUCGCCAGCGUCCACAAGUUCGACUACGUGGUGGUCACGGAGAUCCGCUUCAUGGAGAAGCACAGGGUGGCCCGCGCGAGCCUCCCCGACAGCACGGCGCCGCUGGGCCCGGCCAUUCCGCAGAGAUUGCAGAAACAGAUGCUUGCCAGCUCCAAGGUCAACGCGGGCAGGUGCAAAGUGCGUGUGUUGGCUUCUACCAUCCCGGAGCACGACGCGUCCAUGCUGGACCACGCGGUGUGGCUGGAGUCGUUCAGCGGCGAGACCGCGUGCGAAAUCAUCGGCGCCGACGGCUCGUCCGUGUACCGUUCCGGGUUCGUCAUGCCGUUCUACGUGUCCAAGCCCAGCUUCAUCAAGAAGGACCGCAGGGCGUCCGGCGACGACCACGUGGAUGUGUACUUGCGUCUGGGCGGAUACCUGAUUGGCGCGUUCAGCAAGUCCAGCAACCGCACGGCCAUCACCCCCAGCUUGGUGUCGAAGGUGUACGACCACGUAAAGAUCGCACGCGUGUUGUACUUG